AUGGAAGCCACCUUCUAUAACUCUCUCUCCUUUGAGAAGGCAUAUUGUGAGUAUAGGCUCAACAGAAUUGAAAAUGCCUUGAAGACAAUAGAAAGUGCCAGCCAGCAGACAGUCAAGCUAAAGGAGCUGUAUGGACAGGUGCUGUACCGUUUGGAACGCUAUGAUGAAUGCUUAUCGGUAUAUAGAGACCUUGUCCGAAACUCCCAAGAUGAUUAUGAUGAGGAAAGAAAAACAAACCUUUCAGCAGUUGUGGCAGCUCAAAGCAAUUGGGAAAAAGUGGUUCCAGAGAACUUGGGCCUCCAAGAAGGCACCCACGAACUGUGCUACAACGCCGCGUGUGCACUGAUAGGACAAGGCCAGCUGAACCAGGCAAUGAAAAUCCUCCAGAAGGCUGAAGAUCUUUGCCGCCAGUCAUUUUCAGAAGACUCUGAUGGGAUGGAGGAAGACCCACAGGCAGAACUGGCCAUCAUUCAUGGUCAGAUGGCCUACAUCCUGCAGCUUCAGGGUUGUACAGAGGAGGCUUUGCAGCUUUACAAUCAAAUAAUAAAACUCAAGCCUACAGAUGUGGGAUUACUAGCUGUAAUUGCAAAUAACAUCAUUACCAUUAAUAAGGACCAAAAUGUCUUUGACUCUAAGAAGAAGGUGAAAUUAACCAACGCAGAAGGAGUAGAGUUUAAGCUUUCAAAGAAGCAACUGCAAGCUAUAGAAUUUAACAAAGCUUUACUUGCUAUGUACACAAACCAGGCAGAGCAGUGCCGUAAAAUAUCUGCUGGCUUACAGUCCCAAAGUCCUGAGCAUCUCCUGCCAGUAUUAAUCCAAGCUGCCCAGCUCUGCCGGGAAAAACAGCACACAAAAGCAAUAGAGCUACUUCAGGAAUUUUCAGAUCAGCAUCCAGAAAAUGCAGCUGAAAUUAAGCUGACCAUGGCACAGUUGAAAAUUUCUCAAGGUAAUAUUUCCAAAGCGUGUCUAAUACUGAGAAGCAUAGAAGAGUUAAAGCAUAAACCAGGAAUGGUGUCGGCUCUAGUGACCAUGUACAGCCAUGAAGAAGACAUUGAUAGUGCCAUUGAGGUCUUCACACAGGCUAUCCAGUGGUACCAAAACCAUCAGCCCAAAUCUCUUGCUCAUUUGUCCUUGAUAAGAGAAGCAGCAAAUUUCAAACUCAAAUAUGGGCGGAAGAAGGAGGCAAUUAGUGACCUAGAACAGCUAUGGAAACAAAAUCCAAAAGAUAUUCACACCCUGGCACAGCUUAUUUCUGCAUACUCGCUUGUAGAUCCAGAGAAAGCAAAAGCUCUUAGCAAACACUUGCCCUCAUCGGAUAGUAUGUCUCUAAAAGUAGAUGUUGAGGCUCUUGAAAAUUCUCCUGGUGCUACGUAUGUUCGGAAGAAGGGUGGAAAAGUCACCGGCGAUAGUCAACCAAAGGAACAAGGGUAA